UGCUGAGAGCAGUUUGGUGUGGGACCUGCAGGUCAGUGAUCGCGAUGCUGUGGCUGAUCUGGUGUGUCUUGCUCUGCAGGGUCGAGUUGGGAGCCUCGCUGAGCAGUGUUAUAGCGAAUGAAACGGCGCUGGAUUUGGAGAAUGAGGUGUUUGGGUUGCAGGACGGAGUUAGUUCCAGACAGGCGAGAUAUUUCCCGUUCUACACGAUCGGUCGAAUCGCCAACAUCCCGUGCACGGCGUCCAACGGGUUGGCGGGGACCUGUCUGAUUCGAGGCGAAUGUGCUGAAAGUGGAGGAUUGUUCGGUGGAAAUUGUAGCACUUUCACAAACCAAGCGACGUGCUGUAUUUUCAGUAAGACCUGCGGAGGAUCAACGAAUCUGAACAGUACGUACUUUACGAACCGAGGCUACCCGGGAGGAUUCAACGACGGAGGAAGUUGCUCGUUCACGAUCUCUCCCUGCAGCAGUGCGGUUUGUCAGCUGAGGAUCGACUUUCGUACGCUAACGUUGGCUCAACCCAACGCCGACGGGGAAUGUUUGACGGACGUGAUGACCGUUACGGGAGGUAGCUCCGAGGUGCCCCCGAUCUGCGGGGAGAACUCCGGACAGCACGUGUACGUCAACUUUGACGAGCUGAACCCGAUUACGAUAAAGAUUGCCACCUCGGGUGGGACUUCGUUCAGUCGACUGUGGAAUCUGCAGCUGCAGCAAAUCAACUGUGACUCGAGACUUCGUGCUCCGGACGGAUGUCUGCAGUAUCACCUGGGAACAACGGGUAUCAUAAGCAGCUUCAACUACGGAACCGCGGCCAACGCGGCGGUGUCCACAACCGGAUUGGUUGGAACCAGACAGCUUGCCAAUCAUCGCUACGGAAUAUGCAUCCGGUCGGGACCCGACAAGUGUACCAUUACUUACAGUGUGCCUUCCAACGGGGGCCGUUACGCGUUCACGGUUUCGGGCGAUGCAUCCGUGCUAGAUCCGCUGCUCAUCGGGGAUCCGCUGCUUCUCAUGAACGGGGAGAUGUGCACCGAAAUGGACUACGUAAUCAUUCCGGCACCCAGCAUAACCCUUCCGAACAUCGUCGGCUUCAUACCACCCUUUGAUGUCAACUUCCCACAGGAUCGGUUCUGCGGGUUGGGAUGGUGGCCUGUCACAAGUACCGUCAAGCCGUUUGUGUUCUACGUAGUCUGGAACGAGAACGAUCUGCCCGAUGCGGCCAACAGAGGAUUCCGGUUGGAGUACACGCAGAAUGAUUGUUCCGUGGCAGGAUAAAUAUGUAAAUUCGAACGAUUUACUGCCUUUAAUUAUGAUCAGUC